UGAAGUGUGUGUCUUUAUUCGUUUGUUCUCCCACAAACCCUAUCUCGAGUCUCCACUUUCUUUUCUCCGCCACCACACAAACAUAUUCUUUUUUCUUCUUCUUCUUCCUUUUCUUCUUCGUAAUUUCAUAAUAGCUAUUCUUCACCUCUCUAUAUAUACAAAACAAACAUUUCAUUCAACCCUUAUCUAAUCAUUACCAUCCAUUUCUCGAAAGACAUCCCCUUUCUUCCCAUUCCAUCCAAUUCUGCUCCUGGGCUCUCCGCGACGUCUCUCAUUCCCUUCCAUUGAGUUUCGAAUUUUCUGAAAUUUCGGCGGUUUCCAAUGGCGCUCGCGUACGAUCCUCUCUUCAUCACAUCCGACAAAUCUGCCAUGGACGUACCCUCUACGCCGCCGCCGAUGAUGCUAACCCAAGACGAGCUCAAACGCAUCGCCGCCCACAAAGCCGUCGACUUCGUCGAAUCCGGCAUGGUCCUCGGCCUCGGAACCGGCUCCACCGCCAAACACGCCGUCGCCCGCAUCGGCGAGCUUCUCCGGCAAGGCAAACUCGAGAACAUCGUCGGGAUACCGACGUCGAAGAAGACUCAGGAGCAGGCUCUCUCCCUCGGGAUCCCUCUCUCCGACCUCGACGCGCAUCCCGUCAUCGACCUCUCCAUAGACGGCGCCGACGAGGUGGACCCUCAUCUCAACCUCGUGAAAGGUCGGGGAGGGUCUCUCCUCCGUGAGAAGAUGAUCGAAGGAGCUUCCAAGAAGUUCGUGGUGAUCGUCGACGAGUCGAAGAUGGUGAAGCAUAUAGGCGGAAGCAAGCUGGCUCUUCCGGUGGAGAUUGUGCCGUUCUGCUGUAAAUUCACGGCGGAAAAGCUCCGGGAGCUGAUGGACGGGUACGGCUGCGAAGCGAAGCUGCGGCUGGGAGGGGAGAAAGGGAAGGCUUUUGUGACGGACAAUGGGAAUUACAUUGUGGAUAUGUAUUUGGAGAAGGAUAUGGGAGAUUUGGGGGCGGUGAGCGAUGCGAUUCUGAGGCUGCCUGGUGUCGUGGAGCAUGGGAUGUUUCUUGAUAUGGCUUCUACUGUUAUCGUUGCUGGUGAGCUUGGUGUCAAGAUCAAGAACAAACACAGCUCUUGUUGUUGAAACUGAUCUAGGAGAUAGAUAGGCUUUGGAAUGAUUGUUAUAUGAUGACUUCUUUUCACGGAGUUUUGGAUUCUUGAUCAUCGAACGGCAUUUUUGCUUCAUUCGCCAUUUGAAUGUCUUUCUAUGUAAUGGGCUUAUACAUUAUUACAUGUGUUGGGCUUUGCUUCUGUUGAA